UUCGUCUUGAUUCCAGAACGCAGUAAUGGCAGGACGCCUCUUGAAAAGUGUCAAACACUUCUCAAUAAACUACGACCCGAUUAAUGAAAACAACACGUUUACCAAUGGCAGCACUCUUGAGGGACGAGUUGUUCUGGAAAUAACCAAAGACCUGAAGAUUGAUCAACUUUAUGUAAAGUGUAAAGGGCAAGCGGACGUGCACUGGACGGAAUCCGACAGCAAAAAUGACACGGACGACUCCUACAGCGCCCAUGAAAGAUAUUUCAAACUCAAACAAAUCCUUAUUCAGAACGCAUCUAAGAAAGAAAAAAAUAAUGGAGCAACAGUAACACCUGGGGAAACUUACAAAAAUUUGGUUAUAGCAGGAAGCCAUGUCUUUCCAUUUAGAUUUCAACUUCCUGAAGGGAACCUGCCAUCAUCUUUUAAAGAACAACAUGGAUCAAUUAUAUAUAUUCUUGAGGCCAGACUGUGUAGAGCAUGGAGGAUUACUCGUACUGCAACAGUGGAAUUUACAUUUGUGUCAAAGGUUUAUGAAGAUAUUCCUUAUUUAAUGAAACCACUUUCUGGUGCCAUUGAGAAAAAGAUGAAACUUUUCACUUCUGGAAGUGCCUCAGUUAAAGCAGCUACUGACAAAACGGGCUACAUGCAAGGUGAGAUCAUCAUAGUUGAAUCCGAGAUUGAAAACUCGUCAUCUCGUGAUCUCAAACUGAAGUAUAAACUUGAACAAAAGCAGACUUUCACUGCUGGCUCUCAUCACAAGCAUGAGGAUAAAGUUAUUUUCAAAGAGGUUGCAGAUCCCAUCCUGUCUAGAUCAAAGAGGACUGUGGCCAGCAAACUGAAGAUUCCUCCGGAUGUGAGCUUAACCAUUGCAAACUGUGACAUCAUUAAAGUGGAACACGUGCUUAAGGUGUAUUUGGAUGUGCCUUUUGCCAGGGACCCAGAGAUCUUGUUUCCAAUCAUCAUUCUGCCAGGAGACCAGUGCUUUCUUCCACAGCAAAAUGAAGCAAAUUCCUAUGCCAAUACAGAGGCAGUGUGGAGUAGUUCCCCAUUCCAGCCUGCACUGACACACCUUCUUCCUGCUGCUGCCACCUUUAGACCAAUCCCAGAACUAUACCCCAGUCUCUACACUCCACAGCCAACCAAUCCAGAAGGGCCUCCCCCUUCCUAUACAGACAUCUUCCCAACUGCAAGUGCAGCAACAUUGGGGUUACAGCCAUCUCCUCUAACCCCAGUCCUCAGUGCUCCGUCCUGUCCUGCUCAGGGUUAUCCAACUGCUGCUCAACACCAUCAACCGGAGUCAGAAUGUCUCAGUUCCCUCGGAUACUGGCAGGGUGCUCUUAAUUCAGAAUCAUAUCCUACUACCACAAACAAAUAGCCUGCAUAACCAAAACUGCUUUCAAGCUCUUCACUAGCUGAAUCGUCAGUGAAAAG